GUCAUCAACAGUUUUGGCAAUGAGUCCAACAAGGACAACUUGUAUGCUUUCUCCUACACAUCCUUGUCGGACAUCAUGAAGAACUUCUCCAAUGUCAGCGUCACCAGGGUAGUCCUGGGAUAUGUUGUCAUGUUUAUCUAUGCCUGUGUGUCUAUGCUGAGAUGGAAUGAUGCUGUCAAGUCCCAGAGUGGGAUAGCCAUGGCCGGCGUGGUCCUAGUGUGUUUGUCAGUAGCCGCUGGCCUUGGAAUCUGUUCGGUUCUGGGGAUCAACUUCAAUGCUUCAACAACACAGAUCAUUCCUUUCCUGGCAUUGGGCCUUGGUGUGGAUGACAUGUUCCUCAUCGCACACACCUUCUAUGAAAAUGCGGAUCAUGUGCCAACUCAGGAGCUGACAGGCGAGGUGCUGAAGAAGACAGGUGUGACGGUGGUCCUGACUUCCGUCAGUAACAUGCUGGCCUUCUUCACAGCCGCCAUUAUUCCAGUGCCAGCUCUGAGGGCCUUCUCCCUGCAGGCAGGGAUCCUGGUCUUGUUCAACCUGGGCUCUGUGCUUCUGGUAUACCCAGCCAUCAUUAGUCUGGAUCUGGUGAGGAGAGAGGACAAACGGAUCGAUGUUCUAUGUUGCUUUCAGAGUACUGCAGGCUCCAAUGACGUGAUUGAUCUGAAACAGCCCUCGCGUGCGGACACCGAGCCAAGAACAACACCCCAAGGCACUCCUGUCCAGCGUGAGCCUAGUCCCCCACCUCCUUAUUCCUCUGGCCCUGGUUCUAUGCCGCCUUGCUAUGACACUGUGACUAGAACAUCUGACAAUGGACUUGGCACCGUGACGACACUGGCACCAGAUGACGGGGUGUUUGUGAAGAGAUGUGAUAUGUCUCUGGCGUCUUCCUGCCCUUCCACGACGUCAUCUCGACAGUGUCUGACCCCGGAAGAUACAACUUCAUGCAGGGAGAGGUGCAUGCAGGUUCAGCACGAGUGUUUCACCUGGACACUCACCUAUCUGGCAGCUCAUGUGUAUGCUCCGUUCUUGCAGCGCACAUUUGUCAAGGUGACUGUGAUGUCGCUGUUCCUGGUGAUUAUAAUUCUGGGAGCAUGGGGCACGGCACAAGUGAAGGAUGGCCUUGACCUUACAGACGUGGUACCCAGGCAGACACCAGAGUUUGAAUUUCUGCAGGCUCAGUCCAAAUAUUUUGGGUUUUACAGCAUUAAUUUGGUCACUCAGGGUGGGUUUGACUACCCCAACAAUCAACAGUUGUUGUAUCACUACCACAGCGCCUUUCAAAAAGUCCAGAAGAUCAUCAGACGUGAAGAUGGCUCCCUUCCGCCAUUUUGGUUGGAUCUUUUCAGACAGUGGUUGACAGAUUUGCAAAGAUCAUUUGACAAGGAUUUUCAGAAAGGUCUGGUCACUGUUGAUGGUUGGAAGCAGAAUGCUACUGAAGAAACCGUCCUGGCAUACAAGCUGCUGGUGCAGACGGGAGAUGUGGAUAAUCCAAUCAACAAGGAACAGAUCACCCGUAUUCGCCUGGUGGAUGACAGAAACAACAUCAAUCCUCCAGCCUUCUACAAUUACCUGACAGCAUGGAUCACAAACGAUGCCAUGGCUUACUCAUCUUCAAUGGCAAAUCUCCACCCGCUGCCCAAAUAUUGGCUGCAUGAUCCGACCGAUGAGAACACAGAGAUUCACAAGGCUCAACAUUUAGUCUUUGCACAGAUACCAUUCUACCUGUCUAACAUCUCAGGUACUGAGGAAAUUAUUGAUAUGAUAAAGGAAAUCAGGGAAAUAUGUGAUGAGUUUUCCGAGGAAGGACUGCCUAACUUUCCCACCGGGGUCCCCUUCACAUUUUAUGAGCAGUACAUCAACCUCCGCUUCUACCUGACCUUGUCCAUUGUCUGUGUGCUGGCGGUGACCUUUGUGGUCCUCACUGUUGUCUUGAUGAACCCCUGGAUUGCUUUUCUUGUGGUGUUUGUACUGACGAUGAUCAUCGUUGAGCUGUUUGGCUUCAUGGGAAUGAUGGGUAUUAAACUGAGUGCGGUUCCUGCGGUCAUCCUCAUCAUGUCUGCGGGAAUUGGUGUGGAGUUUACACUUCAUGUUGCUGUGGGAUUUAUUACGGCUAUUGGCAGUCGGGAUCGGAGGAUGGCUAUGGCCUUGGAGCACACCUGUGCGCCUGUUAUACAUGGUGCUGUUUCCACUUUCUUGGGCAUUCUCAUGUUGGUGGGCACGGAUUUUGAGUUCAUUGUCAAGUAUUUCUUCAAUGUCCUCACAGCCCUAAUUGUGAUAGGUCUCUUCAAUGGUCUCAUGUUGUUGCCUGUUUUACUCAGCAUACUUGGGCCUAAAGGAGAGGUCAUCCCUAAAGAUAAUGCAGAUCGCCUGUCCAUGCCAACACCAGAACCCUCUCCAAAGCUCUCAGAGAGGUACAGCUCUUCACAGUCUCAUCGAAGGAAACACAGAGUAUACCCCCGCGUCAACUCGGACUACUCGUCCCAUGAAAUCAUCAUCCACCCGGAGGUUGUCGUGGAAACGGUGACUUUGCCAGGUAGUUGUCAUGACCCUGGCAGCAACAUGGUGCAGCUGCCUCACUGGUCCAGUGGUGGUCACAUGGGUCCUGGAUCAAUCACCUCCUCCAUGUACAAUACUGAUGAACAUACACUGUUAUCUUCUACUCCCCAGGACUCAAGCUCCCCAGAUUCCCCCUCACCUCCCCCACCACCUACAACCCACAUUACAAGGGUCAAGACCACAGCAACAGUCGAAGUUGAAGUUCAUACGCCAAUUCCAGGUGUGGUAAACCAAGAACACACAUAUAAAAGCAAGAGACGGAAGACCAGAGAAGCAGCAAAUAGAUCUUGCAGCUCAAACUCAGGUGUACACAGCAACCGGUGGCAGAAUUACCCAGGUGAAGGCAUGUCCGUAAGUACAGACAUGCCUCAGGUACAAGUGGUUCCACACAUCCGUACCAGCAGCCAAUCACACCCACCCUCUACCCCACUCCCGCAGCAGCAACAGCACAGUAGAAGCUCAAGGAAUGCAGGUUCAUGGGUUGGUGAUAGUUCUAUAGUCCAUGCGGAUAGUCGAAGUGGCAGACGUGUGAGGAGAGAGAAGCAUGUGGGCAAGUCAACCAGUUUAGACCAGGAUUACAUUGACAUGUAA